UUGUAUCACCAUAGUAAUAUUAAGACAACAAUUUUAAGUAAGAGCUUUUAUUAUGCAGGUAAGUUAAGACACGAAGAUUUAAAUUAUAUUAGUCUUGCAAGAUUGUAUAUUACAUCAAAAGUAAAACUAUCAUUUCGCAAAAAAAAUCAAUUAAAGCUUGAUUUCGAUUACUGUGAAGUUUAAUACUUAGAGAAAUGUGGGCAGGAUACUGGCUAUGCUCAAGCUUCUUUUUCUCCUCAUGGGGAGAUCGCAUGUGGAACUUUGCAAUUGGAUUAUAUUUAGUAAAGCUCACACCUGGAUUAUUGCAGCUAACAGCAAUUUAUGGUGCUGUUGUAACUAGUUCAGUUAUAUUAUUUGCACCAAUUAUAGGAAACUGGAUUGAUCGAAAAAAUCGCUUGGUAGUUAUACGAACCCUAUUGUUACUGCAGAACGGACUAAUCAUUUGUUCAGCAGUAUUUAUAAGUUUAAUUCUUUUUAAGGUUACCACAAACAAUAACAUUCUUUCAUUUCUUAAAGCAUUUGUAAUUAUUUUUGGAGCAGCGGCAAAUCUCGCUUCACAAGGGGAACAAAUAUCGAUUACAAGAGAUUGGGUCGUUGUUAUUUGCCAUAAAGACAAAGAUAGUUUAGCCAAACUAAAUGCUCACAUGCGAAGAAUAGAUUUGUCAGUAGCAAUACUUGCUCCAAUCGCUGUUGGAUCACUCAUGUCAUUAAUAUCGGACCUUUCCGGGAUCGCUCUAAUAUGUGGAUGGAAUAUUUUAUCAAUGUUUUCAGAGUAUAUUCAGUUACAUCAUAUCUAUAAAACUGUUCCAGAAUUAGCAGAAAAGCAUAUUAACGAGUAUGAAAUUUUAGGAGAAACUGAGAGCGAUCACAAAGUGAAGUCAACUGGAUUAGGUAUUUUUGACAGAAUAAAACUUUCUUUUAUUGGUUGGAAAGUAUACAAAAGUCAAAGUAUAUAUUUAGCUGGUAUUGCUUUAGCAGUAUUAUAUCUCACUGUACUUGGAUUUAGCUCUAUAACCGUUGGAUACGCGUACUCGCAGUCAAUGAAAGAGGUUUACGUUAGUAUUUUCUUUGGAACAGGUGCUUUGUUUGGAAUUUUAGGAACAAUAGUAUUCCCUUUUUUAAGAAAUAAAGUUGGUCUUGUAAAAACUGGAGUUAUCGGACUUGGUUAUCAAUGCAGCAUGCUAAUUCUAUGCGUGAUAUCAAUAUGGGCUCCUGGAAGUCCGAGUAGUUUGAGACAUAUAGACAAAUAUGUUACUAAAUUAAACACAACUUUUACAAAUACUGUAAGUUAUAAUAACUCAUCUACAAUACAGCCACCAGUUGCAAUUAAUCAUAGUUAUGUUUCUAUACUUUUAUUAAUGUUAGGGGUAGUUUUAUCUCGGUCAGGACUAUGGAUAUCAGAUCUUACAAUUACACAGCUGCAGCAGGAAAAUGUUGAAGAAGAAUUUCGUGGAGCUGUUGGUGGUGUACAAUCUUCUUUAAAUUCUGUAUUAGAUUUGAUGCAGUAUAUAUUAACAAUUGUUCUCUUCAGGCCAGAAGAUUUUGGAAUUUUAAUACUGAUAUCAUUUAGUGCUGUGUUUACCAGUUUUCUUUUAUAUCUUACUUUUUCAAUAAAGACGUCUCUUGGAUCUAAAUCCUAAAAGAUGCAAGCCGUAAUGCAGUCUAAAUUUUAUUUAUUUAUAAUAUAAAAAGGUAUUCAAUACAGCAAACUUAAAAAUAAGAAAAAAAAAGACUGCUUUUUGUUGAAAGUUAUUUUACCAUUUUAUUGCUUUUUAAAUAUUUUAAUUCUGUUACAAUUCUACAAAAAGAUUUUUUAAUAAGUUACAUUUUUAUUGCAUUUUUAUUAUAUUUAUACUCACCGCUCUCAGGUAAAAACCAUAGAUUAUUAAAAACUAGAUAUUUCAUAAACUUCGAGAUACUGAAAGUUAACGUACGAUUGCUAGAUACAUUUAUCCAUCGAUAAACAUUAAUCAAGUUUGUUUUGCUUGUGAUUUAAUAUUAAAAAUGUUAUUUAAUUUUG